UUCUCAUUUUCUGAAAAAAAAACUUUCCCUUUGGUUUUGCAUCAUCAAGAAUUUAUUGCUAUUUUGAUGGACAGUAGGAGGAGGUUCCUUAAUGGGAUUAUAUUCCAUGAGAUCUAUGGUUUCUCUAAUUUGAGGUUUUUUUUUUAAGAAAAAGAGAAACCGAAUCUCCACCACAAUAUUUAUUUUGCUUGAGGGUUUGGAGACUGGUUAGCUGCACCGCUUCCCACAGCUUCUUCUAUUUUGGGUGAAAUAGCUCAAGUCAAUUUGAGUUUUGGGACCUGCUUUUAUGACUUCUAAGGGAACAGAAUCUAAUCUAGACAGUAAUCUGAUUAUUGCCGGAGCUGAAUUUCAGAAUCUAAUUGAAAACCAAAAGGUUCUUUCUGGGUUUUGCCUAAUGAAGCCAGCGUGCCGUUGAAAGCCACGGUAGCUAUUGAAUCUGGCAAAGGUGUGAUAAUCAAAAGAUUAUUCCGUUUACAAUUUUUUUACAGUUUUUAGGUUUUAGAUACUGAUUAGUGGAAUCAUUCGCACAACUUAUUUUUUGAUAAAGUAUCUCGCACCGAAAGAAGUUUUGGAUCCUGAUAUCUAAAAUUCCAGGGAGACAGAAUCCUGGAAGUGGGAGGGUUUUGCAAAAGUCUCACCAUGGAAGAAGGCGUUCUAUCACCAGCGACCAUGUUGGGAGCUCAAUCUGAGUAUCCGAUGGAUUUAGAUUUCAUGGAUGAAUUGUUUUUAGAAGGAUGCUGGUUGGAAACCAGAGAUGUAUCUGAAUACCUUAACCAGACUCCUAGUUCUAAUCCCCUUUUCGAUCCUUUAUUCUGGCCUACUUUGGAGACUACUGGUGACUUGAAUGCAAACCCAUCUCAGAAGAAUAAUCAAGAAGAGAGGCAGAAACUACUUUUCAACGAAACUCUGGGAGCGAGUAUUUUCCGUGCUUUGCCUCCUUCCCAGACUCUAAACAAUGUCGCCAAUAAUUCUGGUGUUUCAGAAGCUUUUAUAACUGAUGAUGAUGAAAUUAGAAGAACGAGUUGGACUGGAGCCAAGGAAACUGAAGGUCCUUCAUCUUGUGUAAUAGAGAAAUUAUGCAGGGCACUUAUGUACAUCAAAGAUGUUAUCAGAGAUAAAGAUAUCCUUGUGCAAAUAUGGGUUCCUGUAGAUAGAGAAGGUAGGCGUGUUCUUACAACUAGAGAUCUGCCUUUUGCCCUUGAUGAUAGCUGUCCAAAGCUUGCACAGUACAGAGACAUUUCUGUAGAGUUCCAUUUUCCAGCUGAAGAGGAUUCUAAGGGGUCGAUAAUGGGAUUGCCUGGUAGGGUCUUCUCUGGUAAGGUUCCAGAGUGGACGCCUGAUGUUCGAUACUUUAGAAAAGACGAGUAUCCACGGCUGAAGCAUGCUCAUCAAUUUGACGUACGUGGGACUCUUGCCCUUCCUAUUUUUGAGCAAGGUAGUAGGAUUUGCUUAGGUGUGGUUGAGAUUAUCAUGACUACUCAGAAAAUCAAGUAUCGUCCUGAGCUUGAAAGUAUUUGCAAGGCACUUGAGGCUGUCAAUCUUAAGAGUUCUGAAGUUUUGAGCACUCAGAAUGUGAGGGUAUUCAACAAGUACUACCAAGCUGCAUUACCUGAGAUUCAACAGGUCUUGAAAUCUGCUUGUGAUACACAUAGGUUGCCCUUGGCUCAAACUUGGGUCCCAUGUAUCUACCAAGCUAAAGAGGGGUGCCGCCACUCUGAUGAAAACUACGUCCAGUGUGUUUCAACAGUGGAUCAUGCUUGCUAUGUUGCUGAUCCCCAUGUCCAGGGUUUCCACGAGGCUUGCUCCGAGCAUCACCUGUUUAGAGGCCAAGGAGUUGUUGGUGGAGCAUUCAUGACAAAUCAACCAUGCUUCUCAGCUGACAUAACUUCCUAUCCCAAGACAGAGUAUCCUUUGUCUCACCAUGCCAUGAUGUUUGAGUUGCAUGCUGCUGUGGCAAUUCGCCUUCGUAGCACUCAUACUGGUACAGCUGACUUUGUCUUAGAAUUCUUCUUGCCCAAAGAUUGCAUAGACCCCGAAGAACAAAAGAAGAUGCUUACUUCACUCUCCUUAAUCAUCCAACAAUGUUGCCGGACCUUGAGAGUUGUCACAGACAAGGAGAUAGACGAUGAACGGGAUUUUCAAGUGAGUGAAGUGUUGGUACCUUCCAAUGACAGACCUGAUAGAGUAAUUUGUUUCCAAGAGGUGCAACAGAAUGAUAAUGAUCUCUCAUUGUUCCCAGUGGAAAAGCCAAGGGAAAUUUCAGAUAGAAGACACUCAAAGUUAAGUCAAAAUCAAAGAGAUUCAAGCUUGAAACCAAGUGAUGAGUGUGUAGAGGAGUGUUCUACUGUUGGUGAAGGUACUUUUUCAAGCUUGGGUGGGGGUAAAACGGGUGAACGGAGACGAACUAAGGCAGAGAAAACCAUAACCUUACAAGUGCUUCGACAAUAUUUUGCUGGUAGCCUUAAAGAUGCUGCGAAGAGUAUUGGAGUAUGUUCAACAACAUUGAAGAGAAUAUGCCGACAACAUGGGAUAAAGCGUUGGCCUUCUCGGAAAAUCAAGAAGGUUGGCCACUCCCUGCAGAAGUUACAACUAGUAAUUGAUUCAGUCCAAGGUGCCUCUGGUGCUUUCCAAAUCGAUUCGUUCUACUCCAACUUCCCCGAGCUAGCCUCUCCAAACGUUUCAGGCACCAGCCCGUUUUCAACUUCAAAGGCAAACGACCACCCAACGCCUUCAAGCCUGCAGCAGCCUGGAGAAGGCAGUGGCGGGAUGUUUAGCGCACAAGCCACCACUACGGCUGCUGCUGCCACAUCAAAAUCUUCAUCAACCUACAGCCAGAGUUCGAGCUCCAGCCAAUGCUGUUCCAGCAGGUCACAGCAGCAUCCCCAAACGUGGAGCAACAUGGUUACUUCCAGCGAAGAUGCAAACGGUGGGGAAAACUCUGGUGACGACGUGGUUCUGAAGAGAGUCAGGAGCGAAGCAGAGCUGAAUGCAUGUCAUGAAGUAGUCAACAAGCAACUGCCAAGAUCUCAAAGCCAUAUCUCUCUUAUGGAGCACCGCAAGAGCUUGAAGAGUGGUUUUCCUCCAAGCUCGCUGAAAAAUGAGCGCCGGUUACCUCAACAAGAAGGGGAGCUUCAGAGAGUAAAAGUGACUUAUGGAGAGGAAAAAACACGUUUCCGCAUACCCAGCAACUGGGGUUUCAUGGAUUUACAGCAAGAAGUUGGGAGAAGAUUUGGUAUACAAGACAUGGCAACAUUUACUCUCAAGUACUUGGAUGAUGACUCCGAGUGGGUCUUGUUAACUUGUGAUGCGGACUUGGAGGAGUGCUUUGAGGUCUGGCCAGCUUCUCAAAACUCCACCAUUAAGCUCUCUCUACAACUCUCCCGGGGUUUCAUAGGUGGCAAUGACCCUUUAUGACACGUGGCAGAACUAUAUUUGGUAAGUUGUUUCUAUGGUCCACGUGGCACAACAGAAAUGAUGAAGGUGUGAACGAACUUUUGGGGAUUUGGAAUCACAGUGUGUGGGAAUUAGUUUGCACCUCACCUCACCUCACCUCACCUUUCCUUUUUUAAAUAUUUGAUUUGCUACUUUAGAAUUUUUCACCCUUUUUUUGCUUUUUGAAUUCCCCAAUAGAUUGUUUAUACAGUAGCCUCUGUAUUUUACUAGAAUAAUGUUCGAUAAUGUUCAAGUUCUUGAACAUUUAGAGGAAAGCCAAAAUUUGUUGUUUGUAAGUUUUUUAGAAUUGUUGAUAAGCUUAAAUGGACAUAGCUUUUAUUUUUCAAUAA